AUGUCAACAGCAUCGUGGGCAUUAGGCAAGGUAGGGAUAACAUGUCUUCGAACUGCUCGCAGCAGCACCAUACCUAAUUUUGCCCGAAUAAAGCUCUACAUAUUUACCGACAGAUUGAUCGAGUAUUGGGACCCAAUUCUAAAGGAACCAUAUGUCAAAAAUCUCUCUCAAGGACUUUGUCUUGAAAAGUCUGACAGAAAUAUCAAAAAUGAAGCCAAUGCACUGCUCGCCGUUAAGAAAAUUACAACAAUCAAUGCACCGAGGCUUAUUGAUUUUGUUACGAUCGACGCUACCCGGGCGGCCCAAUUAGUGACCAUAGAUUUUCAGGAGAAUCCUGAGGCCCUUUUAAUCUCUGAAUUUAUAGACUGCCUUACCAGGGGUGUUACAAAGUCUCGAAAUGAGCCUCCGCUCUCUCUUCUAUAUGAACGGAAAUAUGAUCUUUGCUUCACCCCUUUAGAUUUGCACAGGUCUAACUUGUUUGUAACUCGUGGCAGGCUUUCUGGUAUUAUUGGUUGGAAAAAUGCUGGGUUCAAGCCCGAAUAUUGGGAAUUUACUCGAUCUUUAUGGCCGUAUGGCGGAGAGAGAAAAUUAUGCUAUAUCCAUACCUAUGCAUUUGAUGGUAAAUAUGAUGAUGAAUUAGAGGCCGAAGUCUCUAUCCUGUAUAAUUCACCAUUUGUGUUCUAA